AUGGAACAGUCCCCCGUUCCAUCAGGAUACCGUGCCAUAUUGGCGGCACGGGAGCAGGAAUUCAACGCUCGUCUGCAGGACGGACAGAUCUCGCCCCUGAUAUUCCCCCAUGAUUUCGUCUCCCUCUUCGUUACUGUUGGGGUGUUACUGGUGCCAUGGCCUCGCCAGGGUGCGUUCAAGUACGCCAGGCAGCUCUCAUUUUGUCUGGUCUUGUAUUUGAAUAUCUUGACCAUCCGCAAAUGUCGUUCUCGCGCUAUGGCGAACGGCUACGGUGUUGGUUUGGCCUUUAUCUGGCAUACCAUUUGGAGCGCAACCCUCCUUGUGUUCAACGACGUUCAGGGGAAGUUUAAGAGGAUAGAAAAAGACACCACCAUCUGCGAGACCAAACUAAAUGGCGUUGACUCUGUAGUAAACAGAGAUGGGCCUGAGGAAAGGACAGGAUUGGGACAUCUUCACGGUCAGCUGAACGGAACACCAGCCCGUCGACGCUCCUCGGAUCGAGAUAUGAACAACUCGGGAACGUCUCCCGUCAAGGAACCUGGCCGCACUCAUUACACAACAUAUUAUCGAUGGCAGCCAUUCCCGAAAACUUUUUCGCACCGCCUAGCCUGGGUUCUCGACAUCUCCACGUUUUCCUUUCGAGGCCCCGGGUGGAACUGGAGUAAUCCAAACGUGGCACCUGCGCCGGACAAAUCUGCAACGAAAUCCGCUCUCAAGGCUAUGCUAACGACCACGGCCAUCCACUAUUUGAGGCUGGAUCUUAUCAAAGUACUUGUAAUGCAAGAUCCAUAUUUCUGGGGAGUUCUAGACUCACCACCUCCUGCGUUCUUUGCGCCUCUUGGCCAAUAUGCAGGCAUACCCGCCCUUGCAUACCACUACCUUCUCAUAUGCCUCGGUAUAGUCUCAGCACUGAUGGUAUAUUACGGUUGCUUGUGCAUUAUUUAUCUGCUUAUCUCUCUGUCCUGUGGCCCACGCAGUUGCGUCAGGGUCCCAAUCGAUGCCCCAUGGCUCUAUCCUAACCUCUUCGGCCCGUUUCUUUCCUCCGUACUCGACAAAGGUUUAGCUGGCGCCUGGAGUAAAUGGUGGCACCAAGUCUUCCGGUUCGCAUUUGUGUCGCCCACCGCGUGGGUGUUCCCAUAUCUACCACAUUUCCUUCGAAAAAAACCUUAUUUCCCGCUCUUGCGCGCAAUCGUUGCUUUUGCUUUGAGCGGAUUGAUUCACGCCUGCGGAAGCUAUACUCAGCUCGGAACUACACGUCCCUGGGGACCGUUUUCCUUUUUCGUCGUUCAGGUUCCGGGCAUACUGAUACAGCAACUUGCGGGGGAGAUUUGCGCACAUUUACCGUUUGCGCUCCCCAGGUGGCUGAGGCGGUGGUCCAACCUCGCAUUCUUCAUUUUCUGGAUCUUGUUAACCGGUCACCUUGUGGCGGACGACUUUGCUAAAGGGGGUGUUUGGUUGUUCGAGCCUGUUCCAGUCAGCCCCAUUCGAGGAUUGGGAUUUGGGGCUGUAGGGGAGGGAUGGUGGUGUUGGCAUGGCAAAUGGUUUGGAUUGUGGAAAGGCGAGAAAUGGUGGCAGCGAGGGGUUGAGAUAUUUUAA